AUGGCGCCGGCGGGGCGGCUGGUUCUGUGUGAAGAGAAGAUCCAGGGGAAGGCCGGGCUGGCGCCUCACCGCGGCCUGGCUGAACUUCGGUCAUUAUCUAUUCCUGGAACUUACCAAGAAAAGAUUACUCACCGAGGAAAUUCUUCGAUGAAUUUAACAGGUCUAAAAUCUCUAGAUCUCUCACGAAACUCCUUGGUUAGUCUAGAGGGCAUCGAGUACCUGGCGGCGCUGGAGCGUCUCAGCGUCUACUACAACCGCAUCUCCUCGCUGGCGGAGGUCAUCCGGCUCCACUGCUUAAGGGAGCUCGCGGAAGUGCACUUCUGGCUGAACCCUGUGGUGGAGAGCAAGUCUGACUACCGCCUCUUCGUGGUGCGCGUGCUCCCGCGGCUGCGGCAGCUGCGUGACCGCCCUGUGAGGGAGAGUGAGCGGAGAGUGUCCCGGCUGCAUGUGGCUUCGGAGGAAUCAUUGGACUCAAAGCACAGCUUCCCAGCCGUUUUCAGAGUCGAAAGACUGCAUCACUCCGGAGCCAAGUGCGCUGCCCCCUCGGCCAAGAAGUGCUUGGUCACGGACGCGGAUGAUGGGGCGGACCUGAACCUCAUUGCCGAGUGUGAGUGGGGCUUGAGCAGCCCUCCUGGGAGCACGAGUUCCAGCCAGCAGGAGCAAGAGGCCAGCUUCCAGCGCUCCAAGUGCUUCCAAGAGCAGUGUUAUUUCAGUGAAAUCCAGUUCAUCGUGUUUCCCUUCGUGGUCGUGCUUUUCGGUGUGCUGCCCCUGCUUGUGGAGGGUUCCUCCCACGGACCGCUCCAUGUGCUGGGGUCCCAGUGUGGCUUGAUCUGCUGGCCCCUGGUGGCCAGUCUCAGCUGUGCUGUGUGGGUGUGGGCUCGUGUGGAAGCCCUGGGCUGGAGGUGGGGGACAGAAGAGCACAGGUCGCAGGUCAAGAUGACGGUGGUGUCCGUCCGCUCAGGUCACGAGCACUUGCCGGGGACGCCCUGGACCCCACGGACCCCACCCUGGCUCAGCCCCUCCUUCUCAGAAGACAAGUUUAUUGACGCAAAGGGGGUUAAAUCCCUUGCCUGCUCUGGAAAAGCACAAGAAGCGAAGGGUGUGUGGCGGGAGGCUCCGGGCCCCUGCGGACCAGGAGUGUCUGAGCUGCCUGGAGGAGGGCCGGAGCCGGGGCCCUGUUCCCGCUCGGCGGCCUGGGGGCCCAAGCAGCAGAGGCCGCACAGCGUGCGUGAGCUGAGCCAGGUGUGUCCCAAGUUGCACUUGGCCGUGCCGCCAGGGAAGAAGCCCACCCUGGAGGUGGCGCUCCUCGACCUGCUUCCCCUUCUGGAAUCAGGGCGCCCUGAGAAGCUGGUGCCCCUGGAUCCUGACCGCAUAAACCUACACCCUCUCAGGGCUAGCAGCAGGACUGUCUGCUUUCCCAGUCGUGGAGCAGGGCCAGGCCUGGAGCAGCAGUCGGUGCGGUCUCAGGCAAGACACAUUUUGUCAUCUGUCCAAGAGUUUACAGCCACUCAGGACAGUUCAACAACGGUGAGUGAAGAAAUUAGCUCCCUGACUAUGGAAAAUAAGUCUUUGCAGAGUUGCCUUGCUGAGCUACAGCAGCAGUAUAGCGUGAAGAUGAGUGAGGUGGUGUCGGAACUCAGCGACACUCGGAAGGAGAUGGAUCACCUGAGGCAGCAUCUGGACAGAACUCUGGAGGAAAGCAGUAGCUGGAAGUCUCUUCCGUUCAGCGUGAAAAAAGAAGUGAGAAACGCCGACGCUCCAUCCACACCGAACUUGCAGAUCACUGGAUUUCAGACAGGCGUGGAGCGGCUCUCCGGGGAGACUGUGGAACUAAAGCAGCGUCUGGAGCACUACGACAGGAUCCAGGAACUCACCCGGAUGCUGCAGGAGAGCCGUAGGUCCCUGGUCAGCACCAAUGAGCACCUCCUUCAGGAGCUGGGCCGGGUGCAGGCGCAGCACCAGGCUGAGGUGGAGCCGCUGCACUGGAGCCACAGGGAGCUCAAGAAGACCGCGGCCCUGUGCCCCAGCCGCCCGCCCACGUCAGCACCCUGA